AUGCAGCCCGCACCUUAUGACGGGCUCGAAGCUGUCCGUGAUCAUGGUGCCUCGGACCUGCAUGUGGUCAACGCCGCGCAGCAUCGGAAGUACUAUUAUCCACCAACAUACAAUCCAGAGCCGCUGCCGCCUACGCCCAAGGCAAAGCGCACGAUAUGCGGUCUCUCCAAGCCCAUUUUCUGGCUCGCUGUUGCUAUAACGGCGUUAGUGAUCGGUAUGAUUGGAUUGGGGAUUGGGUUAGGCGUGUCAUUGGGCAAGGCGCAAAGCGCCAAUGGCGGAGAGCGUGCUGGGAACCUGGCAGGCCAGACCACCAGCGCAACCGCAGGCCCUACCAUCUCCUCGUCACCGUCCGAGUCUUCAGCCACGCAAACACGCUCCACCCUAUCCACAGAAACAUCAUCAGCAUCGACCACCACCUCCUCCCCCUCAACCACCGCCCGCAGCACAACCUCAUCCUCAGCCUCCACCGGCGUCCUGCAAACAAUCUGCCCCUCCGCCAACGGCACCAUCCGGCAAGCAGACCUCACGGAGCUGGUCACGAAGACGUGGGACGAGUGCCUCACACUCUGCAACAACAUGAACUACCGCCAGGUUCGCACUGAUGUUGGACCGAGCUGGAACUUCGGCGGUACAGCUGCCGGUGGUGGGCAGGCGCCGGGGACAUGCUGGUGUCUUGGGGGACCUGACAAGGAGGUUGUUGAGAAUAAGGGUAGUGUGGUGGGUGUGCCGAUUGAGGUGUGA